GUUGCUCAGAAAGGGAUUCGCUACAGGACUGAUUACAUAACAUUUAUAGACAUAGUGAAUUAUACCCUUAGCCGUCUCGUAAAAGCCAUACACAUGUCUCGUGGUGGCAACGCCAUUGUCUCUUCGGCUGUCCUUUGCUGCCAUCAUUAUAUGAAUGUUUACAUCUAUAGCGUCAGCAGUAAUUAUCACCCAUUCAACAAACACUCUUAAAAUCAUCCACACUAACUAAAUCACAAACCCUAAAACCUGUCAUUUCAUGUCGGACAAGUACAUAGCGACAGGACCCCCGGACUGCCAUUCAAGUAACUAACUAACGACUGCCAUCCUAUACUGCCAUGCACCCCGACGCACAACUCUCAGAAAUGAAUGUGGUACCAGAGAUACCACCCGAAUCUAAAGUUUAUCAUCCCAUUGAAGUAGCUCCCAAACAAGAGGAGACCCCACAAACAUCCGACCAUGAAGGAUCAUCAAGUGCGAAGUCACCGGAACUGACGUCAUUGGCCAAGGUAAUAGUACUGGCGUCAUGUAUGUGCAACACCUUCCUCAGCGUGGGUUUUGCCGUCGGACUGGGGGUGGUAUUUGUCGAAAUCCUCGACGUUUUCGAUGCCAGUCGAACACAGACGUCACUGAUGCAGUCCUUGUGCUUUGGAGUUAUAUUUACAGGGGCUCUAGUAUGCGGACCAAUAGUCGCUACGAUUGGCCCAGGAAACUCGGUGAUACUGGGCGGUGUAUUAUCCCUGGCCGGAUGUGUUGGAGCAACGUUUGCCCCGAGUGUGAAUGUACUCAUCGUCACCAUUGGACUUAUCACAGGUAUUGGGCACUGCUUUUCCUAUUUAUCGUCCUACGUGGCCUCGGGGGCCGUCUUGGCAGAGAGAAAGGGCAUGGGAGUGUCCCUCAUCACCGCCAGUUCUAAUCUUGGAGCGUUCGUGUAUCCGCAGAUAAACAGACUGGCGCUCAACGCAUAUGGAUGGAGGGGCACGUUUCUCCUCUUAGCAGGCGUCAACUUCAACUUGUGUGUUUCUGGAUUUAUAAUUCGGUGCUUGACGAAACCUAUAUACCAAACCAAAUCUGAAACAGACCCCAAGCCCAAAUCCUUGGCCCGGGCUCUGCAUCUUCAUCUAUUGAAGAAUGGACCGUUCGUGAUACUCCUACUUCUUCAAAUGCCUAUCUGGUGUUUUUACACUGGGGAAAUCGUCUUCAUCGUCGACGUUGCCAGAACCAGGGGCUACGACCUUGAGGCUGCUUCCUUCCUCCUCUCUGCCCUCACUGUGGCCUAUGUACCCGGUAACCUCCUGGGUGGGAUGCUGCAUACAGUGGCGCACAUACCCGGACUCAUCUCCUGCUCAGUGUCUCUCCUGAUAUGUGGCCUGUUUAGCAUUGGCUUUGUCUACUUCACUUCAUAUGGCGUGAUGAUGGCGCUUGUAAUCGGCCAUGGGUUACUACUGGCGGUUGUGGAAGUGUCUGUACCCAUCAUUGUCGUACAGAUAACUGACCCGACAUCCUAUUCCUUCGCUUUAUCCUACUUCUUCGGAAUUACUGGUUUUGCUGAUAUUUCCAGUGGACCUAUAAGUGGCGCCAUCAGGGACGUGACAGGGAACUACCUUCUGAUGUUUUACCUGGCUGGUGGAAGCGCGGUGCUGAUGGCGCUUGUCUGCAUUUGUCUGGAACUAUGGAUGCGGAAAAAGAAGGCGGUGCCAGUCGAAAUAAGUAUUCACCUCGAAAACUGUUGAUUGACUAUACUGAAUUAUGCAACUCAAAUGCAUACAGGCCCUUUGAAAUAUUCACAUGGGUUCACUUGUGCCACCAACUGGGCAUUGAGCUGGUUGUAUUUUGGAGCCUUGAAGGGGCUAAUUCGGCGAAGUCGAGUAAACACGUCACUCAAAGGUUUCACAUGUUUCGACUUAAAUCAAGCAUAACCAAGGCAAUUGUGUUUGCUGAAAUAAUUAUCAAUGCAUACAGAGGAAUGGGCAUUAUAUACUUACGAUUCAGCAUAUCAUGGUAGAUAGUUCUAAAGUGAUAUAUAGGACUCUAGAUAACCAGACGGUCAUGCUGGCCAAGUGGUGUUUGGUGUUCCUGCCACCUCCUGGAUCCGACUGGCUGAAUCGUACCGUCUUGGACGUGCUGAGCAAGUGUGUUUGUCGCAGACUGAGAUAUGAAGGCCGUUACAAGUGAUGUUGGUUUACGGACCCAGUUCACUCUGAUAUACUUCGCCCUUUGUUUGCUCGUGACAGAAAAGAGGACCGAACCGUGUGUGUUUACAGAAUGAUGAAGUUACCGGAAGUGCAUCUGGACAUGGCGAUGCCAUGGACGCCUAAUCCGUGGCGACGGACAUGGACAAACUAUUUUGUGAAUGAAUAAUCGCAGAGUUUUGUUGUUAUAAUCUUUUCUCGGUCACCGCUUCAGAACUUUCAACUAUUUUCUAUAAAAGGAGGAGCCAACCAUUUCUUUCUUCAGGUCACCAGCAAACACUAUUUAUUAUUGGGCGGUAAAAGCCGAGGCAGAUAUUGUUUCUAGUAUUGUCAAAUAACAACAUUCUCAUAACUAGCUGGACAGCCGACGACACAUUGCUGCCUGUAUAUCUAUGAUAUGAUAUGACGCGAUCUAUUGAUAUUGUCAUCACAAAUUGUUAACUUUAUGUAAUUUAUUAACAAUAAAUUGACUUAAGUGAAGUUUAUUUGCAGGUUUGUUAUGUGCCGAUGUUUUCAUGUUCUUUCUUAAAUCAUUAUAGUCCAUCCGUUUCGUGGCAGAUAUAGGGUCAAUUGUGUACUUUAUGAUAAUAUCAUGAAACCUGGCACAAAUAUUGUAAGCUGUGGAGCCACUCAAACAAAUCCAAUACGGCUACCAGAUCCAAUAUGGACGCCAUGUAGGAAUGAAAUUCUAGAAUGUCUCGUAUGAAUUUGACCCACAACGUAAAUAUAUCAUGAAAAACAAACAUUUGGAAAGUAUUUACCCAACACUGCAUCUGCGGUGUUGUUUUAAUUAAUCGUCAGUCAGAUGUCUCACUAUGAAAGCUACAUUGUACUCCGAAAGCACCACCUGUUUAAUUAAUUAGAGUGAGGAGCCGUGGUCCAGUGGUCACAGAUAUUAAGUCAUCUGGGCUCUUCGAUGAUUGGGUGAUCUUGGCUUUAAUUGAGAAGUAAAAUUAGGUGAUGUGGGUGUACUCCUGUGCUUCAGAUACAAGUGAAGCAGAAGUAAGUUUUGGAAAAUUGCUCAAAAUAAGGAACAUUAUUCUUGUACACACGCAUCACGCAGGUAUUAAUUUUCAUUACUAUGUAAAUGAAUGUAACAUUCAAUGCCAUUUUGCGUUCGGUUCGCUGAAAAAGAAUGUGAAUAUCACACUGUUUAUUCAAUCAAAGCCGAACAUCCAAUAAUAUAAAAACUGUGUUUGAGUCCAAAUUAUAAGUUCUCUCUAAACAGAUGUUGCCAACUGCACAAUUUACACGUGAUAUGUGUUUUUUCUACAAAAUCGUUCCUUGUCCAAUGUCAAUAUAAUGACAAUAUAUAUAUAAGUUCUCUCUUAACAGAUG